AUGUUACUUCAAACGUGGAAAUCGGCAGAUAACAUUGUGAGGAAAGAUAUAAUAAAUCCUGGCACUUUCUGUAAAAAGCCGACUGAAUGCGCUACUUGUGAAGUUAUUAUUGAAAACAUAAACGUCACCAACGCAUCUGUACACGAUUUGGAAAGCAAAUUUAACUCGGAAAUUUUAAAUAACAGAAGCAAAAAUACCCUAACUAUAGGUGAAGCGAAUUGCGAAAUAGAUCGUCAAAUUGAACGAGCAAUACAAAUGAUGAUGGUUUCAGAGAAGAGUUUAGUUACAGUAGACGUAUUGUUAGAAGGCAUUGACAAUAGCUUAGUUAUUAAGUUUGAGAUAACAUUAAAUGAUGUACAACCAUACAAGCCAAUUUGGGAAUGGACACCAGAAGAGAAAUAUUCAGUAGCCUUGAAAUAUAAAGAGGCAGGUGUAGGUUUAUUUAAGGAAGGCAGAUAUGUAGAUGCAUUUCAUAGAUUUAGCAAAGCUUGUAAAAUUCUGAUAACGUUAGAGCCAAUAAAAGAUUUAGAAUUAGAUAAGACAUUAGAAAAAUCUAACAAUGUUAAAGCAUUAUAUAGAAGAGGAGUGGCGCAUGGAAAUUUGAAAGAUGUGGAGAAAGCUGUUGCAGAUCUAAAAAAUGCUGCUAAUUUAGAACCACAUAAUCAAACAAUAAAAGAACAACUUUCAAUAUAUAAUGUGAAAUUACAAGAGGCAAACCAGAAAUUUGAGAAUAUGAUGAGAAGAAUGUUCAAAACUUGA